UUAUUACAACAGGACCAUUUGCUCGUUCAGUCGUCAUGUACGAUGUACCGGUGCUUGUCGAUGGCACUUGGUUACCACCAUCAAAUAUCUUGCCUGGCGGACGGAUGCGGCUAGGAACACGGAUCCUCCAGCAGCCGCUAUCACCGAUGCAGAAGUACUGGUGGGUAAAUGUUGUCUUACAACAGCGGUCAUCAUACCACGCUGAUUCUUCGGAGCAUGAACUUCGGCAAGCGAUACAAUCGAUGGUACUGCAGAUCCCGUCAAUGCCUGUUGUCUACCGAUCUUCAUGCCUGAUUCCUGCGGUAGAGCAUCAGCAACCUGUACCAAUGAUGGCGCAGCAGUACAAGUUGACGGUUGCUGUGAUGAUCCGGUUGCUGUGGUUUCCGCGGGUGCGGAAACGCGCGUCGUGUAUUUGCGGCCUAAUAGAAAGACAAAUUGACGAUUAAAGCAAUAUAAUUAAAAUUAAUGGUUUACAUAGAUUGCG